UGGGUUACAUCGAGAGUACACUUCAAGCUGGAAUAAUAGCUGGAAUGGUCGGAUAGCUGGCCACCAGACAGUAUAAAGGUCGAGUCACACUCACCACUUACCUCCCAUCUUCCUAUCAUCUACUCUCUACUCACUUGCUCCAUCCUCCUCGUACAAUGUCUGACCUGAAAACUUCAACUACAGAGCGAUUCCGCUUCCCAGACACCUUGGCCAAUUGGCCUUUUGAACGCCGUUUGAACCCGUUCUAUGAAGAGGUGAAAGCGGAAUCAUCUGCGUGGGUAGAGAGUUUCAAGCCGUUCAACGAAAAGGCCCAACGAGCAUUCUAUCGUUGUGAUUUCAAUCUCUGCGCAUCUCUCAUUUAUCCCCACUUCGAUAAAGAACGUCUUCGGACAUGCGCAGAUGUCUGCAACUUCAUCUUUGCCUUUGACGACUACUCUGACCUGGAAGACGAGCAUGGUGUUCAAAAGCAGCGUGAUAUGAUUAUGGACGCUCUACGGAACCCAUUCACCCCAAGACCAAAGGGAGAGUGCGUCUUAGGGG